CAAACGCCUUUUUAUACACAUUUCACUUCAAAAGAUCGUCCUUGUGGGCUCCCUGAUCUGAAGGAUUGAGUAUAGUCGCGAUCCUGUAGCUAACUAGCCUUGUAUAUGGAGAAUGAACUGAGAUGCUGAGGCGUUUGCUGCUAGCGAGCUAGUUUGUGUAUUUUUCUGGCUGUGCAUUUUACUUUGUUGGCUGAAGAAGAGGAAAUAGACAAUUGAAGGUUUGGAGCUGACUACUUCUAUUUUCAUCUGCUUUAGUGUCCUCUCUGUGUAUGGAGCAAUGGCCCCUCUCAUUCUCUCUGAACCGUGUCACUGAUCAGAUCCACUGGAACCCCAAAAUGGAGAGAAAACGCAGAAAGAAAUGAAAAUGUAAGCCAUGUGUUACUCAGGCUUCUCAGAGUUCCGAAUAUAAACUAAUCCAGAAUUAACAGGAUUGUUGCUUUUCAUCAGCCACAUUAAUGCAGUGAUUUGAGGGGCACCAUCACUUUUAGACUCCUUUGGUUGGAUGGGUUAUAAACUGAACUGCACCUCAGGCAUCAUGGCCCCAACAAUGGUGUGGCUCGUCCUGGUUUUGGCCCUGCUGGCAGGGCACUUGCCCCUGGCAGGCACUAAGGAAGGCCAAGGGACUCCCAACUUGUCUUCAUCUUCCUUUGCCUCUGAUGGAUUCUUGAGCUCCAACUGCUCACAGAUAACCCUGAAACUGGACUUUUCUUCUAAAGUAGUGGAACAUGAGUACAUCGUAGCAUUUAACGGCUACUUCACGGCCAAGGCUCGCAGCCACUUCAUCAGUAGUGCCCUGCGAGGUGUCGGGGCAGUGAACUGGCGCAUCAUGCCCAGGGAGAACCCCGCCAGCGACUACCCGAGUGACUUUGAGGUGGUGCAGAUCCGGCAGGACGCACACAGCAGCCUGCUCACCCUGCAAGACCACCCCUACAUCAAGAGGGUCACGCCCCAGCGCAAGGUCUUCCGCUCCCUCAAACUGCUCGCUGUGGGAGGCGAUGGUGGCUCCUCCUGUAACGACACGCGCUGGAUGCAAAAGUGGCAGUCGUGGCAGUCGUCCCGGCCGCUGAGGAGGACCAGUCUGUCUCUGGGCUCGGGCUUCUGGCAUGCCACGGGUCGACAUUCUAGCCGCCGCCUGCUCCGGGCCAUCCCCCGCCAUGUGGCCCACAUCCUGCAGGCUGAUGUCCUCUGGCAAAUGGGCCACACUGGCUCAGGGGUAAAAGUGGCUGUGUUUGAUACUGGACUUAGUGAGAAACAUCCCCACUUUAAGAAUGUUAAGGAGAGGACCAACUGGACGAAUGAGAAGACACUGGAUGAUGGCUUGGGCCAUGGCACGUUUGUGGCUGGAGUCAUAGCCAGCAUGAGGGAAUGUCAGGGCUUCGCUCCUGACUCUGAGCUGCACAUCUUCAGAGUGUUCACCAACAACCAGGUGUCCUACACAUCUUGGUUUCUGGAUGCCUUUAAUUAUGCAAUCUUGAAGAAGAUCGAUGUGUUAAAUCUCAGCAUUGGAGGUCCAGACUUCAUGGACCAUCCUUUCGUCGAUAAGGUUUGGGAGCUCACAGCAAACAGGGUGAUCAUGGUGUCUGCAAUUGGGAAUGAUGGCCCUCUCUAUGGCACUCUGAACAACCCAGCCGAUCAGAUGGAUGUGAUAGGGGUUGGUGGGAUUGAUUUUGAGGACAACAUCGCCAGGUUCUCCUCAAGGGGAAUGACAACAUGGGAGCUGCCAGGUGGCUAUGGCAGGGUAAAGCCUGACAUUGUGACCUAUGGCUCUGGCGUGCGUGGGUCAGGAAUGAAAGAGGGCUGCCGCUCUCUCUCCGGCACCAGCGUGGCCUCGCCUGUAGUGGCUGGUGCCGUCACGCUGCUCGCCAGUACGGUGCUGAACAGAGAGCUGGUCAACCCAGCCAGCAUGAAGCAGGCUCUGAUCGCAUCAGCACGCAGGCUUCCUGGGGUCAACAUGUUCGAACAGGGCCAUGGAAAACUAGACCUGCUCCGAGCCUACCAGAUUCUCUACAGCUACCGGCCGCAGGCCAGUCUCAGUCCCAGCUACAUAGAUCUGACCGAGUGUCCCUACAUGUGGCCCUACUGCUCCCAGCCCAUCUACUACGGCGGCAUGCCAACCAUAGUCAACGUCACCAUCCUCAAUGGCAUGGGUGUGACCGGCAGGAUUGUGGACAAGCCGAUCUGGCAGCCCUACCUGCCCCAGAACGGGGACCACAUUGACGUGGCCGUAUCCUACUCCCCCGUGCUGUGGCCCUGGGCCGGCUAUCUGGCCGUGUCCAUAUCCGUGGCCAAGAAAGCGGCAUCCUGGGAGGGGAUUGCCCAGGGUCAUGUCAUGCUUACUGUGGCCUCCCCUGCAGAGAAUGACUCCGCAGUAGGAGCUGAAAUGACCUCCACGGUGAAGCUCCCGGUGAAGGUGAAGAUUGUGCCGACUCCUCCCCGCAGCAAGAGGGUGCUAUGGGACCAGUACCACAACCUGCGUUACCCGCCCGGCUACUUCCCCCGAGACAACCUGCGCAUGAAGAAUGACCCACUUGACUGGAACGGCGAUCACAUCCAUACCAACUUCAGAGACAUGUACCAGCAUCUCAGGAGUAUGGGCUACUUUGUUGAAGUUCUAGGCUCCCCCAUCACAUGUUUCGAUGCCAGUCAGUAUGGGACUCUGUUGAUGGUAGACAGCGAGGAAGAAUACUUCCCAGAGGAGAUCUCCAAGCUACGAAGGGAUAUUGAUAACGGCCUGUCCCUCAUCAUCUUCAGCGACUGGUACAAUACUUCAGUCAUGAGGAAGGUCAAGUUCUAUGAUGAAAACACCAGGCAGUGGUGGAUGCCAGACACAGGAGGUGCCAAUAUACCAGCUCUGAAUGACCUCAUCUCUGUGUGGGGAAUGGCCUUUAGCGAUGGGCUGUUUGAAGGAGAUUUCACCAUGGCAGAUCACGACAUGUACUAUGCCUCAGGGUGUAGCAUUGCACGCUUUCCAGAGGAUGGCAUUGUUAUUGCACAAACUUUAAAGGAUCAAGGACUAGAAGUCUUGAAACAAGAGACUGCAGUUGUGGAGAAUGUUCCUGUGCUUGGACUAUACCAAACACCUUCAGAAGGAGGAGGUCGCAUUGCACUGUAUGGAGACUCCAACUGCAUAGAUGACAGUCACAGACAGAAAGAUUGUUUUUGGCUGUUGGAUGCCCUGCUGCAGUACACAUCCUAUGGUGUGACUCCUCCAAGUAUUCUUCACUCUCAGAACAAAGUCUUGCCCCCUACAGGCACUGAUGGGUCACUACCAGAGAGGCUGGAGGGUAAUCACCUCUACCGCUACUCAAAGGUGCUAGAGGCCCACCUUGGCGAUCCAAAACCUCGGCCCCUGCCUGCAUGCCCUCACCUGUCCUGGGCCAAACCGCAGCCACUCAAUGAGACUGCUCCCAGUAACCUGUGGAAGCACCAAAAGCUGCUGUCUGUGGACAUGGACAAAGUGGUGCUGCCCAACAUGAAGGCGUAUCGACCGCAGGUACGACCCCUGUCACCUGGGGAGAGAGGAGCCUGGGACAUUCCUGGAGGUAUAAUGCCAGGUCGUUAUAAUCAGGAGGUGGGUCAGACCAUCCCCAUGUUUGCCUUCCUGGGCGCUAUGGUUGUGCUAUCCUUCUUCGUGGUGCAGCUGACGAAGUCCAGGAACAGGCCAAAGCGCAGAAAACCCCGUAUUAAACGGCCCCUCUACCUGCAGCAGCAGCAGCAGAUACCCCACACAGGCAAAAACCCCACUGUGUGACAUGGCCUCGCACCGAGGACUUGUGGACGGUGUGUUUGUGUGUCAUUUAUUGGACAAUGAAUUGCCAUCUGGCACACUUUGCUUGAAACUGCCACCCACCAUGAACCACCCCCUGCACACACCCCUGUCGUGGGGUUUGCCUAACGAGCCUUUCAUUCCAAUGACCAAAAUUGUGUAAUUUCUUUUUAUUUUUUUAUUUUUUUUUAAUAUAUAUGUAUAUUAUUUAUUGACCAUGUUCAUUUGAUAAUUUGACCCUUGUUUUGUAAGUCAACUUGGACAAACAAGAAAAAUGUAAUAUACAACCGUGUAGCAUUCUGGAACUUUCUGAACAUUUUCAACACCUCGAUUUUUGUAUUUCUAUACAAAAUUUGGGUCAUUUUGUUCUUUGUGUUCUGUGUUUUUUUUUUUUUGUUUUUUUUUAAUUUUAAUUUUUUUUUUUUUUAUAUAUGCUUAUACUGAAUUUUGUAAAUACACAUCAUGAUUUUUACCUUUGUUGGUGGGGUAGCACCAACAAUGUUAAAUAUAAAUCUCUCAUCUGCGAUAAAGCA